AUACAAAAAGACUAGACCAGAUCUGCAUGCAUGAAAAAGAGUGGAGGAAUCAAAGCUAUUAAUGUCACACAACACAAGUAACAAAUACAAUUCAGAUCAUUCAAUUUUCUCAACCACCUCUUCUUUUUACUUAUAAGUAGCUAGCAGCCAACACUGAUAGUGCCACCAUCACCUCCUUCAUUUCACUAAUAAUAGCUACUGCUAGUAGCAUGGCGGACAAGAAAAGUAGCAACGGUGGUGGAGAUUCAGCAGCUGGGAUGGGGAUGGAACCAUCAAGGGAAGAGGGAAGCAAGAAUAUUGGAGAGACUUUGUUGCGGUUGCUGCCUAUAGCUCUCUGUCUCUCCGCGCUUGUUAUAAUGCUCAAAAACUCCCAGUCCAAUGAUUUUGGUUCCCUCUCGUACUCUGAUCUUGGUGCUUUCAGGUAUUUGGUGCACGCGAAUGGUGUUUGUGCAGGUUAUUCCCUCCUCUCAGCAAUUGUCUCAGCUGUUCCUCGUCCAUUAACCAUGCCAAGAGCCUGGACCUUUUUCGUUCUUGACCAGGUAUUUACAUACAUAAUACUGGGAGCUGGGGCAGUAUCCACGGAGGUCAUGUACCUUGCAUACGAGGGAAAUGCAGCAAUAACAUGGAGUUCAGCAUGUGGAUCAUUUGGGUUAUUCUGUCACAAAGCCACAUCAGCUCUGGCCCUAACUUUCGGAGUAGUUAUAUGCUAUGCCGUGCUUUCCCUCAUCUCUUCUUACAAGCUCUUUAGCAAGUAUGAUGCCCCAGUAAACACCAGUAGUAAAGGAAUCGAGAUAACACCUGCAUUCUAUGCCUGAUCUGUGGUUAUGCGUGUUGUACUGGGAACAACUUGCUAAAGUCUGAAACAAAAUAAUGAAACAGUAGUUAGUAAAAUACUAACAUGUACGGAUGCACUAGAGAUCUAAAUCUAUUAACUAAUCAUGUUAUUGUCCAUUACUUAUCAUGUCACUUACAAGCUCUUUAUGGAAUUCUCAUGUCAUAAUGAUAUAUAUUUUGAUGGUUCA